AUGCCCGCCAUGAACAUGUCGCGGUUGGACUUCCGUGUGUCCAGCGCAACUGUCCACUGGUCGUCGGUCGAAGCUCACUUUGCCAUUGUCCACAUUGAGGACCCGUGUAUCGUUGGCCAUGCGGAUCAGGUUGACACUGGACAGGUCGUAUCGCGCCACAAGAGGCUCGCCAUUUGUCGGCGAGGGGUUGAAAGUGAGCCGACCGUAGAAGCUAUUUUGAUCACUGCCAAAGAAGCUGCUCCAAGUCAAGUGCGUGUCGUCGGGAUGCAGGCGGAGCUCGCGCAUCGAUCCCGUUGUUCCCGACCCGUCCGCAGUGACGGGCCAGUAAAUCGGGUAGAUAUAAGUGUUGUUCGGGGUGACCAUAUCACUAUCAACGGCAUAACCGCCGGUAUGGAUAAUGUUCGUGCCCACGAGAAAUCGCUUCCCAUCCUUGAAAACUCGGGGAUAAUCCUGCAAAUCGCGGUCCGCACCCAAUUGGUUUUCUUCCGGCACCCCGCAGGUAAUGCACUUCCAGGAGUCACCGUUGGGGAAGGUCGAGUUAUCCGUCUUGAGGAGGAUUGUUUGAAGACCGCUGUAGAUAUGUCUUGGAUCAGGUUCCGCUGGCGCGCCGGUGAAAUUGACCGUGGCGACCAUGGCAGUUCCAUCAGGGGUGAAGGUCCCCCCUUGGGGAACAGCAUCAUCGCCAGUCAUGACUAUCCAUAUACAUCCUGUCCCUCGAGCAUUGACCUCAUAGGUGCAAGCUCCUAUCGAAUCAUUGGUUAUGGAAGGUGGUAA